AUGAAGAUCUUUUAUGUCGAUGAAAUUCAUUUGGAAAUGUUUACAAAUCCUUUUUUUAAAUCAUUUUUAACAUUUAUUUUUGAUAGAACAAAGUUUAAGCGUAAUAUAAUAAAUGGUUUACAACCUAAGUAUUUGGACCAGAGAAGAAAUAUGCAUGAGAUAACUGGUAACAUAAUUUGCCCAAAUAUGCUCAGAGGCAUUGACCAUAUAAAAGAUCCGCGGCUUAAUAAGGGCCUAGCCUUCACGCUCGAAGAGCGCCAAGCUUUAGGUAUUCACGGACUUUUGGCACCCAAAUUUAAAACCCAGGAAGAACAGUUGGAGUUCUGCCAAAUUUCAUUCGAUAGAUAUGACGACGAUUUGAAUAGAUACCUUUAUUUGACUGAGUUGCAAGAUAGGAAUGAAAAACUAUUUUUCAGUUUACUUGAUUGUGACAUAGAAAAAUUCAUGCCUAUUGUGUACACGCCCACGGUUGGAUUGGCGUGCCAGAAAUUUGGUCUCGUUUACAGGCGACCGAGAGGAUUAUAUAUCACUAUUCAUGAUAAAGGACACAUAUUUGAUAUUUUGAAGAACUGGCCGGAGCAUGCUGUCCGCGCAAUAGUUUUUACAGACGGCGAGAGAAUAUUAGGUUUGGGUGACCUGGGCGCUUAUGGUAUGGGCAUACCUGUUGGCAAACUGGCCCUUUACACGGCGCUGGCUGGAAUAAAACCACAUCAAUGCUUGCCUAUUACAUUAGACGUGGGAACUGAAAAUGAGACAUUAUUAGAGGAUCCUAUUUAUAUUGGACUACGACAGAAACGAGUGCGAGGACCCGCAUACGACGAAUUCAUUGAUGAAUUUAUGGCGGCUUGUAUUAAUCGAUUUGGAACAGAGGUUCUGUUGCAGUUUGAAGACUUUGCGUUACCAAACGCCGGUCGUCUUUUGAACAAGUACAGAGAACAUUACUGCACGUUCAAUGAUGAUGUUCAAGGAACCGCCGGUGUUGCUGUGGCCGGUAUGAUGGCGGCCACUAGAAUCACGAAGCGGAAACUCAAAGAAAACACAUAUUUGUUUUUCGGUGCCGGUUCUGCAGCUACGGGAAUUGCUACUUUGACUGUCCAAGCAAUGGUAGAAGAAGGCUUAUCAAAGAAGGAGGCAUUAUCUAAAAUAUUUAUGUUCGAUAUCAAUGGCUUAUUGUCCAAAAGCCGACCUGAAGGUGUACCUGAUUAUGCGAAGGCAUUCGGAAAGGAUGUUAAGCCGGAGAGGAAUCUGGAACAAGUCAUUAAGAAUAUCAAAGCAACUUGUAUUGUUGGAACUUCAACAGUGGGUGGUGCUUUUACACCGGCAGUUUUGAAGCGAAUGGCAAGUAAUAGCGAGAGACCAAUCAUAUUUGCUCUGUCUAACCCUACGAGUAAAGCCGAAUGUACUGCACAAGCAGCCUACGAUAAUACGGAAGGACGUUGUGUAUUCGCGUCAGGUUCUCCUUUCCCCAUCGUCAAAUAUAACGGUAAAGAAUAUACAACCGGACAGGGUAACAACGCGUAUAUAUUCCCAGGAAUUGCACUUGGCGUCAUAACUAGUGGUGCUCAUACGAUACCGGAUUUGCUUUUCUUGAAAGCUGCACGGGCGUUGGCAGAAUCAGUAAGCGAGAAAGACUUGGAAAUGGGACGCAUUUAUCCACCUUUAAAAGAUAUUAAAGCUGUUUCGAUUAGUAUUGCCGUUGAACUUGCAAAAUUUACAUACAGCACAGGUUUAGCUACAGCUUUGCCUGAACCGAAGGACUUCAAAGCAUACAUUGAACAGCACUUGUAUACGUUGAAGUAUGCCAGUUACUUGCCCACUUUCUACAAAUAUCCUAAAGGAUCUGAACAUAAAAUGAAAUCUAUAAGAGAAGCUUAUAAAUCAGUCGUGUGGGUAUUUAUUAAUUUUUCACGAUUUCUUUUAGGAUAUGCCGAUUUUAUGAUUUUAACUUAG